GUACCGUCGCGGUCACAGGUGAUCCAUUUCCGGGGCAGAGAGGCGUGUUUACACGCAGCUUCGGCCCACUGACCGGACCGUGUGUGGGUCGAUACUGAGUCGGAAACGGUGCCGUUAUCACCGGUGAGAGCAUCCGCAGGUUUACAGCCGCCGGAUCCAUCUGUAUCACGGACGGAAGAGAAAACGGUGAAGAUGUCUCUGCCCGCUAGCGCUAACGCUAACGCUAAUGCUAAUGCUAACGCUAACGCGGACCAGAAGGUUGUGCAGUAUGAAAACUUCAUCAACGAGGUUCUGAAGAGAGACUUACAGAAGGUGUUGGAGCAGAGAGAUUUGGUUUACGAGAAGAUAUCCCAGUACCUGCAGCUGAAGAACACCAUACAGAGUCUGCAGGAGUCGGGCUCUCAGCAGUUGAAGACAGAUGUAGAUCUGGGCUGUAACUUCUACGUCCAGGCUGAAGUGGAGGACUCGUCCAGGAUCUUCGUGGCAGUCGGCUACGGUUUCUUCGUGGAGAUGAAUCACGACGAAGCUCUGCGAUUCAUCGACAAGAAGACGAGUCAGCUCACAGCCUUCACGGAGCAGCUCACCAAAGACUCCGCCAAAAUAAAAGCCAACAUCCGCAUGGUGCUGGAGGGUCUGAGGGAGCUGCAGGGACUGACCGACCUGCCAGACAGCAGAAGAAGAGAAGUUUUCUAGACUUUCCCACGUGUUGGUCAACUGCAGGACAAGUAGAGGACAGUUCAGGAGGGACGUUUAAAUACUCGACCUGAUCAGUGCACAGGACCAGGAUUCAACCUGGAUGUUUAGUAAAACACGAGGGGGGGCGAAAUCUUCCCUGUGCUCCUCAUGGUUCAGGACGACGUUUUAACCCUGGUGAAAUGACAGGAUCGGGUCUGCAACAGACAUGGACAUUCAGCAGGACACAGACAAAAGAUGAAAGACAGGAGCCGCCCGGGGGGGGGUGGAACGGAACCAGAAGACUGGAGGCUGUUGAUGCAGCAAAUGUUGCAGCUGUCCACAUACUUUUGGACAUGUAUUCUGAGCUAAUUUUUAUUUCCUUAUUUGUUUCCAGUUCCAAUAAAGAGUAAAUGAUGUUCAACA